AUGGCGUCUGCAAGCUCGGCUAAUGAGUCUAAUGAAGAAUUUGUCUGUGUUGCCAAGAUCGCUUGCAUUGGUGGUGGUAUCCGACCCAGCCACAAUGACUUCAGAACGACUGUUCCUGCCAAACUGCGGAGGCUAGAGCAGCAGGGGCGGAUUAAUACCACUGAACCAGAAAAGGCACAAGCUCAGAAAUCACCUCCGCUUUACCAACAGUGGCAGCGCGGCGGGGAACAGCCCAAAAUACGAGUCAACACCGCCAAAUGGAAGUUUCACCACACUGGUAAAUGGAACAACCGGCAGAAUCGAAUACAUAACUCGAACUUCUGGAGCGGGAAAUGGAGUCGUCCCGGUGGUGACGAGUACGAGCCGAGCCACCAUGAACAACCCCAUAACAAGAGGUCGCAACACGAAGAACAACGGCUUCCCAGGUACGAGUACCCAGAGCGACCAAGAUCACCACAUCAAGGGUACCACGACCGAUUGCCAAGAUCACCGGAGCAGCAGCAACAGCUAGUGUUCCCUCCCAGUGGAGCUGAAACCGUCCAGUCAGCGAACACCACGACGAGUUUCCCCACUCACAACUUCCCCUCGUCCACGUCAAAGUACCAACAAGGAUACUUUGCGCGGCAAUCACCAAUCCCUCCCAACAGCAGCCAGAUGCAGCAGCUGCGACAACAGCAGCAGGCCAGCUCAUCAUCAAACGCCGCCUUGGCUAGCACAGCCAAUGUUACGGCGUUAAACUAG